ACCAUUGCACUCCAGCCUGGGCAAAAAGAGCAAAAUUCCAUCUCAAAAAACAAAAAAAAAUUCUUACUUUAUUUCCCUCACUCUCCAACAGUUUACUACCACCCCCAAGAUAAUUUUUUUCUAAUAUUAAGAUGGGGAAGGAAAGUAUUUUCACCUAGUGUCAAUUUUAAGAAUAACUUAGUUUGAAAGGUAUAGACAUAUAGUUAUACAUAUCAAUUUUUUAGAGCGGUAUUUACCAGCAUUAUAAAUUACCUUAAGAACAGAAGAUACAUUUCUUAUUGAUGAUAGGGAAAAUAUAAAGACUAAUACUAGUUAAAAUAGAAGAGAGUCAUCUAGUUUUAUUGGAGUGGUAACAAAAACAAAAUUUAAAGCAAGCAUUGUAAUGAAUCUUGGUUUUGGUUGCUAGAUCUCUGAGCCCUCCAUACCAAUGACAGUCAUCUGUCAGCAAUGUUUUCUGAAUGUUUCUGUGUGCAGGGACUUUUAUGAGGUGUUCAACCUCAUCUAACCUCUGUGGUUUGUAGCUUGAAUUUUAAAAGGCCAAAAAUAAUGGUUAUUCUUUCCUGGAAGACAUAUGAAAAUUAUGUGUUGCAUUCUUUUUUUUCUAACAGUAAUUUCCCAAAGUCCUUAUACCUUAUUUCUGCUAUCCUGUCAAUCAGGUAAAUAGGAAAAAAAAAUUCAUAUCUGACAUUUAGAGAAAUCCCCCAAAUAUUGGGUGGGUCUGGAAUUUGCUAAUUGCUAGGUUUCUUCUGCUUUAACUUAAUGAAACAUGCAAUGAUUAAAUUUUCUAUCGGUACUGCUAGUGCUAAUAAGAUGAAACAAUGAAUUAAAUGAGAAACUCCUUUGUCUGUUCAGGGAAUACAUGCUAAAAUUUUACAGCAAAAAAUAACUUACCCCCAUCUAGUACCCAAGAACCUAAGGAAAUUACUCAUUUUGUUUUCCGUAAACUGCUGCUGUGCAUGAGACACGUAUUAAAUUUCAAUUUGAGAGCUGGGUUUUGGUAUGUAACUUUCUCCUUGUAUCGUUCUAAUUGCCUUCUCCCCGUAUAUACUUUCAGAAAAUUUAUGUUCCUCCCGUGUUUACUUCUUUCUUUGAUUCCUCCACCCGCAUCUUCUAUGCAUUGACCUGUUCCACGGAUAUUUACUGUCUUCUUUGUUCCACAUGCAGGUGGUAUGAUGAGAACAAACAGGACAAAAUCUCUGCCCUCCAGAAACUCACAUUCCACGCACCGUUCUACUCUCUGCUUUUCCACUUCCCCUGCUCUCAUCCUUUAGAGUUGGUCACCCGCUGGAGAUGGCUGGCGAGGUUGUAUGGGAAUUCCAUCCCCCAGAGCUUGAAUGGAUGCCCCACAGUUGGCGAGGUGCUGAUUCCAAAGGUGCUGCCACCUGAAGUUGUGCUUGCGUGCUGAUUCUCCACCCUCAGAUUUUUAAGACAAAGUCCCCCAAGAUUGUCUUUUGUCAUUAGUUCAGCAUUUUUUUUCAAGGCAAAUAUAAAAGAGCUAUAUAAGAAAGACUGUCGUAGGUAACAUUACCGAGUUCUAGAUGUUGGCUUCCCAUCAAAUUUCAAAUCAAGGAAGCGAGUUGGUAUUUCAACCUCUGAAGCCAACUAACAUUCUUAUGAAACGUCACUUAAAAGUAUUAAGAAUCAUGGAUUUUGGUGGCUUCUAGACCUUACUUGUGGUUUUCUUAGUAAAUUACAAUAUGGUAGUAUGACUUAGAAUAUUAUUUCUGUAUAGCUUUAGGGGUUUAAACUAUCAUUUGACCCUUGUGGAUGUUAUUAACAUUUUUAAUUAGAGGUUUGCUUGCCUUCUUUUAGGCCUUUUAAUAUAUAGUAUCAGGUCUCUUCUGGGACAUGACUCUUUGCCCCACCUGGUCAGAUCUCUGAGGAAAUGGCAAAAUGGGAAAGGAAAUAUUGAAGAGCCACAGAUUUCAUAUUUUGUGGUAUAAUGGGAGGGAGGACAUCUUAACUAUUGGUGUCUCAGUAAGAAUUCAAUUUUAAAAACUUGUUUUACUUGUGCAGUAGCUUAAUGGAAGCAUGUACUAUCUCAUUCUUUCUCUACAAUAUUAUCUGAUUCUCAUUAGAUUGUUGACCUGAAGGAGGAAGUUGAGACACAAAAUCUAAUUUUAAAAAAUUUAUUUGAGCUGAGAUGAGAGGACAGCCGCCUGGAAGACUCAGACCCAGGUCACCUUGGAUGUGAGCUCUGUUCGGCCUUUGUUAGAAGCAGGUUUUCCAAAGUAGAAAGGGGGACAGGGAGUGGGGCUGAUAACAGCUGUUUGUCAGGAAUUCCCAUUGGUUAGACAAAUAAGAUUGAUUAGUGAUUGACUAUACAUUGGUGAAGUGUGGGGUAUGUGGUAUGGUGUCCAAUGAAUGGCCUUGCUUGGUUAGCUGACAGCUGCUUGUGGCGGCAGCUGGUCUAGAGUACACAUAGCAAGCAGCUUCAAGAGCUGAUUACUUAGCUCAAGGAGGGGAAGUGGGAUGCGACUGCUGCCUCACCCUCCUGCCUCUGUGGGUCUGAUAAUUUAUAGCUGGCUCGCAUUCCUCAGAUAAAGUUUCUUUUCUUACUGUGUUUUAUUAUUAAGUACCUAUAUUAGUUUCCUGUGGCUGCUCUAACAAAUGCCACAAACUCUGUGGCUUAACACAAUGGAAACACAUUCUCCCAUUCUGGAGAAGAGAAGUCUGGAAUCAGAGUAUUAGCGGGCUGCACACCCUCCAGAGGCUCGAAGGGAGAGUGCUUUCCUGUCUAUUCCAGCUUCUGGGGAUUCCAGGCAUUCCUUGUCUUAUGGCAGCAUCAUUCUAUUCUCUGUCUCUAUUUUCACAUCCCCUUCUCCUCUGUGCACUUCUCUCUCAAAACUUGCUCUGCCUCCCUCUUUUAAGGAUACAUUUGAUUGCAUGUAGGUCCCCCUCAGAUUAUCAAGGAUAAUCUCCUUAAAGUCAACGGACUGUGAUUGCUAAUCAUACCUACAAAAUACCUUCACAGCAACACCUUGAUUAGUAUUUGAAUGAGUAACUGGGAAUAUUAGACUAGUCAAGUUCCCACAUAAAACUGGCCAUCACCCCUUGUAAACUUGGCACUCAUAUACUUCUCUUUAAACUAUGACUAAUCUCCAAAUAAAGACACCCACAAAGUCAUACUUCCACAGGACAUGAUGCAGCUCUCUUACUUACAACCAAAAAUGUGUUAACCCUUUCCCCAGAAGGGUAUGCAAAAGUUCCUGGUUGGUGUUCAUUGUUUUCCUUAACAUCCUAGAACUUAAAUACUGUGAUGUAAAGUUCACUGUUAUUCAUGCAUCUUAUGUUAGAUGAUAAGGGAUAAGAGCAGGAAGAAUGCAGAGAUAAUAAUUGCUUAAUUAUUUAUAUACCCACGUACUCAUAACAAAAUAAGAAAUACUCAUAAACAUUGCAGCCCUUAUUUCUGAAACUGACUGCCUGGUCCUAGAUAGUGUUUAUAGCUACUUUCUUCCAUUACUCAUUCUGUAUUCCCUUUGCCCUCUGGGAGCACCACAGCCUGUUGUUCAGGGUUCUUUGCUUGUAGGGUGACCCAGACCCUCAUUCCUGAGGGGCCUGGGUCAUUAACAGUCCUGCCUGAAAGGGAUUGUUGGUUUUCCAUUGACUUCAGUCGCAGGGCAUGGUGGCAGAUGCCCUAAGGGACAUUCUACAUUCCAGUCAUGUUCUUCCUAACCACCUUUCUGUAGCCGAAAAGCAACCAGGUGUCCAGGUGGUUCAUUAGGACAAGGGGCCGAAUCAAAAGGAAUAACUAAGCCUUUAUUCACUUGCUGGGACAGUGUAAACAAGAGACACAAAACGGUGCUGGCUCCCCAGAGGUGCUGGCUGUCAAUCUGCAGAAUGGCGCUGGGUGAGAGUCAGAUGGAUCAGCUCAGAUGAGGGGUGCAUUUCACUGCUGGGAAGUCUCAAACAAAAGGCUCCUGCCUCUUUAUGGGCCUGUUGGCUGGGAGAAGGGCUAGGUAUGGAAAAGUACCGAAACAAAGGGGAGAAAAGCACGUCCUCCAGGCCCCCAGUAAGAAGGCGGCUGAAUGGAGGUGCCUGGACAAGGAAGGAAGAUAUGUGAACAAGCAUGGCUGGCCCAGGGGUCAGGGAAGCCUGAGCCCUUAACUGCAACUCCUUCCAGAAAACUGCAGUGCACUGACUGUGCACCAAGCAUGUUGUAUGGUGGCGUCAGUUUUUCUCCAUGAGGGCUGCCAGGCACAACUCGGUAACUGCCUAUGUUGGACCUGAAAGAUCACACACAGGAUUUGGGCCUGGAGCCAGAUUACCUGAUAGUAGCAGCUCCAUUUCCUCUUGGCAAUCAGGAUCAAUCACCCCAGCCAGUACUUUGCCUAUUGAUUUAGAGGCCUGAGGAGCCCAAAGUGGCUGGGUGGCAGUCUCAACUUCCAGUUCAUUGGAGCCAUUGUGUCUUCUGAUAGAAAUAUUCCUUCCUUGGAAGGACCAGCAGAGCAUAAGGUUGUGGGAACAGGAAGUGAACAUUUUAGUAGUAAAUCACCAGGAGUAAUAUUAAGGGGUACCAUUCCUAUUCCUCCCCACCCUUGAUUCCCGGACCCAUGAAUCCCGGCUAUGGGAGAAACAGUAUCAUACAUUAGACACCAGUUUAGUACAUAUACAGUCUUCCACAGAACAUUGCCCCAGCCCUGCAAGAUAUCCCACCUAAACCUACCUGCUGCUGAGACUUCAAAUACCAUUUUUCUUUUCUGUCAAACCAGCUGCUUCAGGAUAUGGGGACAUGUUCAUUGAAUGUGAAUUCCAUGAUGAUGGGUCCAUGGUCAUACCUCAUUUGCUAUGAGGUAAAUUCCUUGAUUAGAAGGAAUGCCGUGUGGAAUACCUUGAAGUGGUAUCAUUUAGGGCCCACUUGGAUAAUACAGGGUAAACUCCUCCUCCCAGGAUCUUUCACUAUCAUCUCAUCUUUUGCCAUAAGGCAAAUAAAUAUUCUAUGAGUUCCAGGGAUUUGACGUGGGUAUCUUUUUGGGAAGUGAUUUUUGGCCUCCUGGAGUAUCUGACUGUUUUACUUGCAAACUUUGGCGAGGCAGUAAGACUGAAGAGGUAGUAGAGAAUAUACGGUAAAGAGGAUCUGUAGGCACACUAAUAUGUUUUGAAACAUAGCUCAGGUACACGUUUGCUAUGUUAACUUUGGCAAGUGACCUAACUUCUUAAUCCUCUUUCCUCUUCUGUAAAAUGAGGAUAGUAAGAAUUAUGUAUCUGGAUUAUUUUGAAGAUGGAUUUAGUAAAUGGAAAAUGAUUAGUAUACUGCCCCACACAUAGUAGGCAUUCAACAAAUUCAGACUAAUGCUAUCACAAGCAACUGGCUAAGAAACACUUUGCAUCAAUCAAGCAGCUGUGGAGGUCGGGACUUGGUGGUUGACACAUAUGGAUAUGUUUUGUUUGUAUUUAUAAAAAUUUUGAGUUAUUUGCCACAUGAAGAAAUACUGGUAGGACACACAGGAAAACAUACUUGUGUGUUUUCUUGGGGGAGAAAUCUGGUGGGAAUGAGACUUCUUAAUAUAUAUAUUUUAUAUUGUUUUAAUUUUUGAAUGUGUAACAAUUUGAAAAGGACCACUAAAUAAAGAACUUCGAGGGAUAAAAAUUCAUAAAUAGAGGGUCAUCUAUACUUGUCUUGAUUAAAAAACAAGACAAGCUAAUAAAAAUACCCAGAGUAAAACUGUUGUUUUUUUGUUUGUUCUCAUGACCCUUGAAUCCAUGGUGUUUCUUUUGGUAUAUAGUUACAUUUUUUCCUUUGAGUUGAGUGAAAUUUUUAUAUAUAUAUACAUUUUUUCUUAGCAGUCUUCCACUUAAAUUUCAUUGGUUGUUUUCAUUGUGCAUUUAAACAUAGGUAAAUUUAUUUUAUUUAGACUUGACAAUUAGAUCAUUUGAUGUGAACAACUGUACCUUAGAAAAAUGUACUUAAUUUGAAAUAUAAUCCUGUUAUUAGAUUGACAUAGAAGUCAUAUGCUUGUAAUGAUUUUAAAAAUAUGCUUCGGCAUACUUAAGAAGCUCUCACGAUACAGUUUUUAUUUUUCCAUUGGUUGUGACUUUUGAUUUUUUGGGCCCUGUAUUUCCACUUACCUCAUUAAGCUCCAUAGUGACUACUCGAAACAGCCUACAUAGAGAAAUGUGCUGUUAUGGUGAAUAUCUGCCUUCAAAUAUUAGCACUUUACUUCUGUGGAGAGCUGUAUAUUUUUGAAAAGAAUUCAGUUUGUUGAAGCUUCAUAAAAGCCCUGGGAAAUAGGUGGGUCAGGCAUCACUAAUAUUAUUUAUCUUCAUCUGUUCUAUGUUGUCUACCAGCUUAAGUAAAAGACAGGGACCAUGCUUUUGUCAUCCUUAGAUUUCUAGUAUCUAGCAUGUUGUUAUUGCUCAAAAAUAGUUACUGAAUAUACAAAUAAGCAUACAGUCAGAUAAAGAGAUAAGAAAAAUCACUAAAACCACAUUUGGUGGCAAGUAAAUGAAAUAAUCAAAACUAGGAUCCUUGUUGUUAGAUGUCUAGUCCAAAUGUUCCUCUCACAACAACUGACUGAUUCAUAGUCUCUGCUUUAAAUAUGAGAUCAGUUGAGGGCUACUUAAAUCCAUUGUGCCAAAGAGAAUAUAUUAAUCCCCGGUCCGAGGAGGAUUUAGCACUUUUGUCCACCAGAAUAAUCAAAAUUCUCAAAUUGUAAAAACCUCAGAAACACAUAAUGAGAAAUUGUUUUUUUUCUGUUUAUCAAACUUUUAAACAAAAUGCUUAUGCUUACCUGUCUUAGUAAAUUCGGGCUGCUCCAACAAGUACCACAGACUGGGUGACUUUUAAACAUUUAUUUCUCACAGUUCUGGGGGCUGGGAAGUCAGAGACCAUGGUGCUGGCUGAUGCAGUUCCUGGGCAGGGCCCUCUCUCUCGUUGGCAGAUGGCUGCCUUCUUGCAAGAGAAAUGUUUUGAGAGACAAAUCCUCUCUUUCUCAUUUCUUAUUAGGGCACUAAUCUCUCAACUCUUAUGAGGGCACUAAUCCUGUCAGUGAGGGCUCUACCCCUCAUGACCUAAUUACCUCCCGAGGACCCUACCUCCAGAUACCACUGCACUGGGGAUCAAGGCUUCAACAUACGAAUUUUGGGGGGACACAUUUUGUCCGUAGCACUGUUCUUCUAUCAGAGCAUGGUGAGGUUCUAAUUAGUAUUAAAUGGCCUAACGUAUUCUUUUGGAAAGGAAAGAUUUAAGUUAACACCUGAAUAUUUUUUAUGAGUGGUAAGGUUAGAAUGGAAACUUGACAGGUUUUCUUACCUCAUAUUUUCUCCAUCAUGUCACCAUAAUGGAUCUAAAAAGGAAAUUAAUGUUUAUUUCUAUCACCAUUUUUUCCAACUGAAUGGGCUAAAAUUUAACAAGUCAAAAACUGAACUUAACAUCUUCUUUCUCAUUGGGUAGGACACUUACCAUCUUCUUUCUCAUUACACCAUAUAUACGUGAGUUUGAAAGCUGGUACUUAUCUUUAUUCUCAUUCACCACUCUCUCCACAUUCAGUCCAUUCAAUAAGUCCUGCUGGUUAUAUUUUAAAAAUAUCUCUUGACUACAUCACCACUACCCUAUAUGUGCACAUUACUUUUUCCUUGAAACUAAUUGUUGUCACUAAAGUCUGAUGGAUGUUUCAGAAACUCACAGUAAACUUACUUGAGCUGGAAUAUAAUCAGGACCUUCCACUAAUUGACAAGAACCAGCCUUAUUUCUACCUCUUUGCCUCUUAUUUAAGCUCUGGCAACAUCAAACUGUUUGUAGUCCCGUGCCCUUCUUGCAUCUCUACCUUCUCAUGCUGUCAUCUCUGGAAAUUCCAGACCAUUUACUUGCUUGCUUAAUUUCUUCUCAUGAAGGCUCAGCUCAGGUGUCAUUUCCAGAAGACAUACCUGACCCGUUCCUCCCCAUGAUUCUCUCCUGACUCCAAGUAUUGGGUUCAUUUAUUCAAACAUUCAUUAAUUUAAAUAUGCAUUGAGCUCCUACUGUUGACCAGGCGCUGUUCUAAGUGCUUGUGAUACAUCAAUGAACAAAACAGAAGAGCCCUGUCCUUGUGAAUUCAUGUUUUCUAGUAAAAGAAAUGGACAACAAAUAAAAGUAAAUUAUGCAGGAUAUUCGAAAACUUAAGAGUGCCACAGGAAAAAUGAUGUAGAACAGAGUGAGGAGGGUCAGGAGUUGGGGCAGUGGGGGCUGGGAGACAACAGUAUUAAAUACCAUGUAGCUCUCAUUUGAGACAGUGACAUUUUGAACAAUUGCUUGCAGGGGUGUGAUGUAGACACCUGAGGAAAGAACAGUAUUCCAGGCAGAGGGACAAGCCAGGGAAAAGGCCAGGAUGUGGAUGUAUGCCUAGUUUGUUCAAGGUGAGAGAUGUCAUGAGGAACAGGCCAUGUAAGGACUGGCUUUUGCUGUGUGAGAUCAGGGGAAGUUGGAGGGUUUUUAGCAGAGUAGCAACAUGAUCUAGCUAAUGUUUUCACUGGGUACUAGAUUGAGACCAGACUAUAGACGUAUGCAGGUUAACCAGUUAGAAAGCUAUUGCAGUAGCCACAUGAAGGAUGAUAGUGGCUUGGAUUGAUGGUGUUGACUGUGGGGAAGGUGAAACAUGAUUAGGUUUUGGAUGAAUUUAGAAGUUUGCAACAACAGGACUGCUUAAUGGUAUGGAUAUGAGGUAUGAGAGAUGGCAAAGAGUCAGGGAGGGCUUGAAUCUUCCCUGUCAUUCUCCCUAAUCUUGUGCAUGUAACUGGUCAUCUAGUCUUGUCAGCCUGCCAUUUAAUUAUCAGUUUUAUUCUACUACUGUUUCUCAACUGCACUGCUGCAGUGGCUGACUAAUGGGCAUUCCUGGCUUCAAUCAAUCCUUUCGAUGGGAGUAAAGAGCAUUCUAAAAUCCAGAUCUGCUUAUAUCAUUCUCAAGGUGAAAUCCUGCGUAUUUCCAUCCACCUACAAAUAAAAUUCUGAAGUCCUUAGCAUGGCAUACAUAUCCUUAAACUGCCUUUGCUUACUCUGAGCACCUAUCCUCCACCUCUUCCACAUGCCUUUUAUCAUAUGUAAUUUUUGAAUUUCUGAAAAGGUCGAUCCUUCGUGCCUUCUUGGGAGGGUAUGUGCUGUUCCUCCUGUCUGGGAUGCCCUUUCCAUCUUGUCUGUUAGUGGAUUACAAGGCUAAAUUUGGGUGUCCAUUUGUCUGUGAGAAGCUUCUCUGACCUUAGUAUCUCACCUAGUCUGUUGCUUUUCUUCCUUUUCCUAUAGACCUCAUGUACAGUUAUUGCACUUUUUAUCCCACUGAUUUGUAGCUGUUUGUGGUCUAUCUUCCCUUAAGGGAAGCAAGCAGUAGUUUUAUUUUAUCAUUACUUAGCAAAGGCCCAAUACAUGCCUGAUUAACUUUUGGGCAGUUGGGACAGUAAGGCAGAAAUGGGUAGAAAUAAAUUGGAGAGACUGACUUUAUAUUAUACCAUGUAAGAAAAAAACAGAAAAAGAGUUUGGCGGCCAACAAGGGCAAAUGCAUUUAGUAGGAAAGAGUCGAGGUGUAGGUGUGGGUUUUACGGAAAUCUUGAGGACCACAGGAAUGGGGAAAAUAGCCGGAGCUGAAGGUUGUUUGGGGCCAGAUGGUGGAGAUGCUUCCAUACUCUGUUUUUCUUCUUUGUUCUGGAACAGUGAGGAACUGAUCAGAUUUUUUAAAAUAAAAAUCUGAAACAGAGUGUCGUUCUUUUGGUUAAAGUGGACUUUGCACCUAUCAUGUUGUUUCAUUACGUUGUAGCAUUUACAAAAGGUAAUCUAUAACAGUCAACAAUACUUCUGGAUUCUUUCAGGGAGGGUAGGGACUGUGGGGAGGAGUAAGUUUACCCUUACAGAAUCUUGACUUAAUUUGUCAUUGGGGGGAAAGAAAAAAUCAAACAAAAACUCUUGACAGUGCAGCCAUCCAGAGAAGAAGAAAAGCUGCUGUCUGUUGAACUAAAAGAGAUGCUGGGCUUCCCUUAGACUGAGGUUGGCAGCCCUGAGCAUCUGGGCGAUUCAGCCCACAAUUGGGAUAUACGUAUUUACCGGAAGUCGGUCCGGAUUGAAUAAAGCGGGAACUUCCUGCUUGUACUGAACUGAAGGUCAUGGCUUAUCCAGCGGGCGCUCCUGGUUCCUGUCUCUAGCCAGGGAGAGGAGAGGCCCGUGGAGAUGCCACAGAGGUGACCCCGUGCAAGGAAUGGCAGGGUCCAUGUUUAGAGAGUUUCCCGGGUUUCUCUGGUUUUGUGUAUUUUCUAUUGCGUCCUCUAGCUGCUGGACUCGGGUCUUGGGCCCUCCCCAGCCGUAGGAAGUUUCCCGCCCGUCCAAGGAAGCCCAGGCCGGAAGCAGGUGGGCGGAGUUUCUGGGGUGGGCAUGAUGUCAUCAGAAGUGCCUGUGCCCACCUGUCACGUGCCACCUUGGCUGUGGCUGCUGAUUGCAUGAGGGCUGCUCUAAUCCAGUCUUGAAGUGGAUGGCGGCAGGGAGGCCGGGACUCAUAGCAGGGGGCCCACGUGUGGGGAGCUCCAAGAGUGAGGGGACCCGGGGUGGACGAGUGCCUCAGGUGGACUCCAGAACCGUGGGUGUAAAGCCCAUUGGCAGCUCCUUGGCUUGGCACCCAGAGAUGGGGGUUGCCUGUGCCCUUGGGGGCUUGGGGCCUUUUCAGCCCAUUCAGCAGCUGAGUGGUCCCAGCGUCCUGCUGUGCUGAAGCCCUAGAAGACUUCUCAGAAUUUCUUGAGUAUGGAGUGUUGAGUGCUGCCCUGGAAGGUCUUGGAAUGCCAGCUGGGCAUGGGCUGGUCACAGACUUUUGGGCCCAGGGAUCACUCCACAUCCCCCAGGAGAGUACUUCUGAGAGUAGAGUAGUGUGAAGGAAGAUUGAUCAGGAGCCCUGAAACCAGAAAGGCAAGUUGAGGGAGAAGGCUGUGCACUGGCAUGGGUCUGCUCAGUUAGAGCACCUUUUGGCUGCAAGUAACAGAAACCCUACUUCAGAUUACUUACACAAUAGGGAAAAUUUGCAUCACAAAACAUGAGCCUUUGAGGAAGGGCAACUCCAGGAUUGAUGGAUUUAGUUACUCACACCCGUGGAUCUGCUUCUUUACCCUUCCCACUUUGCUAAUGGACUUUGUUUUGAUGGUGGCAAGAUCAGCUCUUUGGCUGUAGGCCUGGUAUGCACAUUGGAAGAAGAGUGGACUUCUCUGUGUGGAGCUAAACUAACAACUUUCAGGGAAGGAGAGUAUUACCAUGACUGAUUUAGCAAAUCAGGAUUUAUUCUGAACUGGAGAUGGUGACCUUCCCUGAGAGGGAAAAAUAAUGGCUAACUGUCUGAACAAAGACAAUAGCAGUGGGAGUGAAGACGGUUUAAAGGAGGCAGAAACACUGAAGGUAUGGUCGACAGAAAUCAGUGAUUUGCAUUUAGGGAUUGAAGAAGAGGGCGGAUUGGAGGAUGACUGGGAUAUUUAGUUUAGGUGAUUAAGAGGAUGAUUUCAUUUAAAGAGAUGGGAUAUGAAAGAGGGAGGAGAAGGAGGAGAAGAGGGAGAAGAUUCUAGUAGGUUAAGGUGUAGCCAUGCUGAGAAUUAUCUGUUAGUUAUUUGAUUUUUUUGUUUUGUUUUUGUUUAGAAGCUAAUGGUAUAGAUAUAGAAGUCAUCCACAGAGAUGUUACAGUUGAAGAGAUGGGGGUAGAGAAGACUUUGAAGGAAAAGAAUGUAGAAUGAGGAUAGAAGAGAGGAAAUCCCAACAUUUAACAGGUUUGACAGAUGAAAAAGUGAAGGCAUAUCUUUCUCUUCACCCCCAGGUAUUAGAUGAAUUUGUAUCUGAAAGUGUUAGUGCAGAGACAGUAGAGAAAUGGCUGAAGAGGAAGAACAACAAAUCAGAAGAUGAAUCGGCUCCUAAGGAAGUCAGCAGGUACCAAGAUACGAAUAUGCAGGGAGUUGUAUAUGAACUAAACAGCUAUAUAGAACAACGGUUGGACACAGGAGGAGACAACCAGCUACUCCUCUAUGAACUGAGCAGCAUCAUCAAAAUAGCCACAAAAGCUGAUGGAUUUGCAUUGUAUUUCCUUGGAGAGUGCAAUAAUAGCCUGUGCAUAUUCACACCACCCGGGAUAAAGGAAGGAAAGCCCCGCCUCAUCCCUGCUGGGCCCAUCACUCAGGGCACCACCGUCUCUGCUUAUGUGGCCAAGUCCAGGAAAACAUUGCUAGUCGAAGACAUCCUUGGAGAUGAGCGAUUUCCAAGAGGUACUGGACUGGAAUCAGGGACUCGUAUCCAGUCUGUUCUUUGCUUACCAAUUGUCACUGCAAUUGGUGACUUGAUUGGUAUUCUUGAGCUGUAUCGGCACUGGGGCAAAGAAGCCUUCUGUCUUAGUCACCAGGAGGUUGCAACAGCAAAUCUUGCCUGGGCUUCAGUAGCAAUACAUCAGGUGCAGGUAUGCAGAGGCCUUGCCAAACAGACUGAAUUGAAUGACUUUCUACUCGACGUAUCAAAAACAUAUUUUGAUAACAUAGUUGCAAUAGAUUCUCUACUUGAACACAUAAUGAUAUAUGCAAAAAACCUGGUGAAUGCCGACCGUUGUGCACUUUUCCAGGUAGACCAUAAGAACAAGGAGUUAUAUUCAGACCUUUUUGAUAUUGGAGAGGAAAAGGAAGGAAAACCCGUCUUCAAGAAGACCAAAGAGAUAAGAUUUUCAAUUGAGAAAGGAAUUGCUGGCCAGGUAGCAAGAACAGGGGAAGUCCUGAACAUUCCAGAUGCCUAUGCAGACCCACGCUUUAACAGAGAAGUAGACUUGUACACAGGCUACACCACGCGGAACAUCCUGUGCAUGCCCAUCGUCAGCCGAGGCAGCGUGAUAGGUGUGGUGCAGAUGGUCAAUAAAAUCAGUGGCAGUGCCUUCUCUAAAACUGAUGAAAACAACUUCAAAAUGUUUGCCGUCUUUUGUGCUUUAGCCUUACACUGUGCUAAUAUGUAUCAUAGAAUUCGCCACUCAGAGUGCAUUUACCGGGUAACAAUGGAAAAGCUGUCCUACCAUAGCAUUUGUACUGCAGAAGAGUGGCAAGGCCUCAUGCAAUUUACCCUUCCUGUGCGUCUCUGCAAAGAAAUUGAAUUAUUCCACUUUGACAUUGGUCCUUUUGAAAACAUGUGGCCUGGAAUUUUUGUCUACAUGGUUCAUCGGUCCUGUGGGACAUCCUGCUUUGAGCUCGAAAAGUUGUGUCGUUUUAUUAUGUCUGUGAAGAAGAACUAUCGGCGGGUUCCUUAUCACAACUGGAAGCAUGCGGUCACUGUGGCACACUGCAUGUACGCCAUACUUCAGAACAACCACGCGCUUUUCACAGACCUGGAGCGCAAAGGGCUGCUGAUCGCGUGUCUGUGUCAUGACCUAGACCACAGGGGCUUCAGUAACACCUACCUGCAGAAGUUCGACCACCCUCUAGCAGCUCUCUACUCCACUUCCACCAUGGAGCAGCACCACUUCUCCCAGACCGUGUCCAUCCUGCAGCUGGAAGGGCACAAUAUCUUCUCCACUCUGAGCUCCAGUGAAUACGAGCAGGUGCUUGAGAUCAUCCGCAAAGCCAUCAUUGCCACAGACCUUGCUUUAUACUUUGGAAACAGGAAACAGUUGGAAGAGAUGUACCAGACCGGAUCGCUAAACCUUAAUAAUCAAUCACAUAGAGACCGUGUAAUUGGUUUGAUGAUGACUGCCUGUGACCUUUGUUCUGUGACAAAACUGUGGCCCGUUACAAAAUUGACGGCAAAUGAUAUAUAUGCAGAAUUCUGGGCUGAGGGUGAUGAAAUGAAGAAAUUGGGAAUACAGCCUAUUCCUAUGAUGGACAGAGACAAGAAGGAUGAAGUCCCCCAAGGCCAGCUUGGGUUCUACAAUGCCGUAGCCAUUCCCUGCUAUACAACCCUUACCCAGAUCCUCCCUCCCACGGAGCCUCUCCUGAAAGCAUGCAGGGAUAAUCUCAAUCAGUGGGAGAAGGUGAUUCGAGGGGAGGAGACUGCAACCUGGAUUUCAUCCCCGUCCGUGGCUCAGAAGGCAGCUGCAUCUGAAGAUUGAGCACUGGUCACCCCGACACGCUGUCCCACCUACAGAUCCUCAUCUUGCUUCUUUGACAUUUUUUUCCUUUUUUGGGGGGGGGAGUGAGGGGAAUCUAUACCUGGUAACUGGGUGCAAACCUCUUCAGGAAGGUAACAUCAAGUAAAUAAGUCAAGCAGAGGACUUCCUGCCAGUCUCUUCUGUGGGGCAUCGUAGACACUGAGUAACCAGGACCACCCCCGUGUUCAGAAAUCAGCUGGCCAAGUGACUCCAUUUGACUUGCAAACCAGCCUUUUCUAAUAGGCUAAUAUUGCUGAGGCCUUAAAGGAAAUGGACAAAAAUUCUUCAGAAGGGGUACUUUUCCAUUGUAUCUUUCUAAUAAGGGUUUAACAUGGUACUAUUAUGGUAUUGUACUUGGCUUUCACAUCAAUGUUGCUUUGAUGUUGUUGGUUAUAAAUAGGAAUUUUUACACAUUACUAUUGUGAAUGGUGAAUGUUCAUGUACGACCUACUUGUAAUUAACUUGAGUUGUAGUCCACAGCCUCAGGACAAAUGUCAUUGAGGUUACAGGGUAAGAAAUGAUGGCAAAACGUCAGACUCUUAUUUCAGAGCUUCAUGAAUUUAGUUAGACUAAACAUAAUUCUUUAAGUUAAAACUAAAGGGCUGAGAUGAAUAAAUUUAACACUGAAACAAAUAGAUUUCCUGUCCUUUUGAGAAGAGAUGAGGUAUACCUUACAAUAAAUCUCAGAACUUCAAGUAGCAGUUCAAAAGAUGUCAGUUUUUAAAAUUGUUUUUGUUGUCGUCUUGGCAGUUUUACUGAACCCUUUGCAUAAAGAACAAAAUAAAAGCAAGGCAUCACAAUUUUUUGAAUGGACAAGUCUUAUGGACAUAAAGGGUGCAUUUUUCAUAAUGAUUCCUUCAUAGUUUCACUUUGUGUCAUUGCAGAAUUUUAGACUCUCAUUCACAACGAAAGAUGAAUUCUAAACAUUGUUUAAUUAAAGUACCAUACAUUUCUCUUUUAAACAUCAAACCAUAAAAUGUGUCCUUUGUAAUUGUACUCUGACCUGCUGCAGUCACCUCUCAUUUAUCUCUUUCCACAUGCUGCACGGUCAUAUUUCAUGAGCUUUCUGUCCAUAGCACAGACACAGAAGCAGAAAGCAGUACAAUCAUGUUGGACCUUCUUUCUGUUCUCUUUACUCGUCUCACAGAUCAAAUCACUCCAUAGAAGUCUGUGGAUUUCGAUGGUUUCUUCUAUACAGCUUUUUGGUUGACUAGUAUUACUAUACAAUGUAAGUGUUUUGAAAAAUACAAAAGUAAUACUCUGCACCUCUUCCUACAAAGAUUAUAAAGCAGUCACUUCUGGUGCAUAUUAAUACUUUAAAGAUUUUCAGCACAAUGGCACAGUAAUCUCCAAACCUGAAUUAGAGAGAGACUCACUCAGGAAGUGACAGGCCAAUCAUAACAACAUAUUCACGUUUCAUGUGGCAGGAAACUGGAAUAUCAGUUUGAAUAAAAUGGAAAAAUAUGCUUCUACAUAUUUACUACCAUAGGCAUUUUGUUCAUAUGAGCCUGGUUUGUGCCAAAUUAAAUCAGAGGCUUCUACAACAUGGUUUAUUUAUGUUGUGGCAGAGUUGGCUCUACAUAAGCACUGUUCUUAUUUUAAAAUUAACACUAUGUGUUCAGUUUUCUUGUGGGCUUCUGAAAGUUGCCAUCUUCCCUACGUGGAGCUCCAUUUGCUAUUUUCAUUAUACACUAUGAGGUAAAAUGUAAUAACGAAAGAGAUAGAAAUACCACUGUGGCUAGAUAUAUAUACACACACAUAUAUAUAUGGAUGGAUGUAAUAUAUGUAGAACACACACAUAGAUGUAUAUAGGAUGCACACUCAUGUAUGUAAACAUACAUAUACAUAUGUGUAUAUAUGAUACAUACACAUACACACACGCACGAGAGACAGAAGGAAAGAGGAAGAGAGAAGCAAACAUGUAGGAAAAAAUAUAAAUCAACCCCAUUCUCCCAUUCUUUAAGAGGAAUGAUUUUUCUUGACGGAAAAUGCAUAUUACUUGACAGUUGACAAGAAAGUGUCAUUUUUGUGUUAGUGUAUUCAUAUAACUGCGUUUGAACAAGAUAAAUAUUUUUCUGCAUACAAAUUUAUGAAGCUGGAUUCUACCAAAUACAACUUUAGUCACAAAAGUUAAUUUAGUUAUCUAAUUUAACUUGGAGACUGAAUUUCAGGAAGGGAUAUAAAUUAUUUAAGAUUAUUGUUUAAUUACAAGAAUUUUAAAAGAAUGUAUGAAUUCUGUUUUUUAAUAUAGAAAAUAAUUAUGGCGGUAGGAAUCUCAUGGCUACAUUUACAUUUUUAGGUUAUUACAGAAAAUUCUCUUAAUUUAUUAUGGUCAAGUGUAUUAUGUAAUCUCUAUUUAGAACAGUUUCCCAAAGGAAUGUGAUUGGAUUUACUGGUUGGUUAAUUUCUUGUGAAAUAUUGUCGUAAUAGAAGCACAGCAUGAACAAAAGACUGUAUUCUGAUGUAAACUGUCAAUACUGCUUUUACCAUGUGUCAGAUUUACUUAAUAAUCACAGAUUUACCUAAAAUAAAAGGACUCGGGAUGCAGUGAUAUUUAGUUAAUAAUUUGUUUUGGAAAACUUGCAGUUAGGAGUAUUUUUGUAUUUUGUCAGAUGUUUAGGAGACAGACUUUUGAGUUCUGUUUCUUGUCCUUUUCCCAGAUCUUUUCUUAAAAGAACAAUGUGACACCAGAAGCCAAGAGAUGGUUUUUACUAACAACAGCUUUGAUGAGUUCCUAUUAAGGUCGUAUUGUGUAUUGUGCCAAAUUUUCCACCCAGUAUAAAUUUAGUAACCAGCUAUGAGCAUAUGUAGGAUAUUCAAUUUGCAGACACUUAUAUUGGUUAUGUUGGUUUAUAAUAGACAAGUUUUAUGGUCAUAUGCAAUUAUUCCAUUAUCUUUUUGGACACAGUGAAUGUGUUUUUUAGCUGAAAAUGUCCUUGGAAACAUAAAUGCCUGCCAAUACCAUGAACUAUUGAAUUCAGGCAAUGUGAAUUAAUUAAUUAGAAAAGGGUCAAAGGAAAUACAAUGGAUGCGGAAACUAAUUCUAAAAAAUAGCUGUAUUAAUAGGGCAAAGCCUCUGGUCCAUUUCCCAGCUGUACUUCUCUCUAAGAGGUGUAUGAAAAACCCAUCUUGCAAAAGAGACCAAAAUAUUAGACACAGUCGUUCCCAUUCCUGACUCUUCAAUGGAAAAGGAAGGUACAGAUGUUUACAGUGGUGCCCCAGGUGACUCGUUCUCCACACAACAAAAACAACAAAUUGGAAACUACAUUUGUUCAAUAUAGGUUUCCUCUUUUUUGGCAUGCUUUUUAGAUUUUUUUCAUUUUGUAAAAUCUCAGUUAAUUUUUCUUUAUUGGUAUGUUUGUGUAUACGAGACAUGUUUGUACAGGAUAUAAAUAGAUGCAUCAAUCCUUAGAUACCUGGGUUUUUUAAUAGGUUUAGGUUUGGGUAUUGUGUUUCUUGUCUUUUAACUCAAAAUUAAGGUUUGAGCUUUAAUAGGACUAAAUUAUUCACCUGCCUUGGCCUGUGCCUUUGUUUUAAAUACUGCAAUUUUAAUUCUUCAUUCAUGUAUUUAUUAUUUUGCUUUUCUUGCUUAACUAUAAUUGAAAAUAUUUACAGGAACUCACAGUUCAUUUUAUCAAGUUGAAUGAAUAGGAUCAUCCUCUCCUCAUCAGAUUUCUGUCCUUUAUUUGACUUCAUUGACAUAUACCCUGGUGACUAUAACCAGCGAACUGUUCAGAUUCAGUCUUUUCGGCAAGAACUUCAGAGAACUGUGACAUUGGUUAUGAUAUGAUAUUUUGGGAGUUUCAGGUACCUAAGCAUGAUUUUUAAAAUCACUUCUGUCUUUACAUAUUUCAAACAUAUGUUUGCUUUUGACACUUUGCAGAUUUUAUUUAGGAUUUAAUUCUUUAAAGACUGUAUUUAUUUAGUCACUGUAAUGAAUCUCUUCUAUUGCAAGUACUGAGCUGAUUUUUAAAUGAUGUAAAAUGUAGAUCAGCCAAGUAUGUCAUCCAUUAGAGUUUCCCCAUCCUUUCAGCGCAUGGCCGUGAGAUCUUGACAUGUGCAUCAGUAUUUAGCCAAUACAUAUUUUGCUGGCUUCUUUAACCAUUUAUAUUGUUUAAAUUAGUAAUAUCCAAUGCAGUGCACACUUUUUUGUCUUUUUUCCAACGGAAUAUUUUGGUUGUCUGAAACAUUGGAUGCAUUUUAUAUGAUAAAAAUAGCAAGAAAAAUUUAAAAAGUGUCAACGGUGUGCUGGUUCUAAAUUAAGAAGAUAGAACAAAGAGAAAGACAUUAAUGUUACCCAAGAAAUACAUUUAACAUCCAAAGAAGCAAUGCUGUCCUCACGUGGUGUUUCUCUUCUCAACCCAGCAAUGGAGAGCAGGGCUUGCGAAGCCAUACAGAGCCCACCUGCCCUUUCCUGCAACUGGGAGAAAACUAAUCAAUGGCAUGCAGAGCCAGGUGUGGCCCUGUGAGGCAAAGGAUAAUGUCACCUCAGGACCAAGGUGGAAACUUACAGCUGAGUCCAGGGCUUACUAAGUAGGGAAGUCAGUUUACACAUUUCAGUUUUCCUCUGAUGUGUCUGAGGUACUGUGUAUUUGCAGAAGUUUAAGUAGAAGGGUUUUGUUUCUAUUGUAAGUUAAGCUCUAAAAGUGUAUUAUCUAACCCUCUAGCCCAACUGAAAUAUUAUAUCAUGGGCGUUACAGCCUUUGUCUUUUUCUUUAUUCACCUUAAUACCCAGUCCUAUGCUGUAUCUCCAAUAGCCUAUAUAAAUGACAUAUAGGAAUAUUAUUUUCCAUAUGAUCUGUCGUAUGGUGUAUAUGCUAUGUGUUCAUUUCAUGUGCAAGUUGAGAGUGUAAUAGAUUUACCCAGAGAAGGUGUUUCUAUACAAUGCCCCUACCUAUUUGAAAUUACAUGCUUGCCCAACACACUGUGAAAUAGUUACCAAAAUUUGUACAAAUGCAGCAUCUUCAUUCUUCCUGAGAAGACAAGAUGGCUUUCUUUACAUGAAUAUAUGAACAAAAGAGAUCCUAGAUCCAUAUGUAGCUAAGGCAUCUGAGAGUUUGCUGUUGAUAAUCUUGCUGACCAAAAACUACUGGAGAGUAAUACAGGUUAUAUGCUGUCAAAAUUACAAUGCUCAUAAAGAACUGACUUGUAGAGUCAAUGAACCUGUGUCCAGAAUUUUAAUAGGCUCUCUAUUGGAAGGAGAAAGAAUUUCAAGUUAACGGUAUCUAACUUUAUCAUAGUUGAUAAGUUAGUAAAUUUUAAAAAAUGAUUUUAUAUGUAUGACAAAAAUCUUUGUAAAAUGCGCAAGUGCAAUAAUUUAAAGAGGUCUUAACUUUGCAUUUAUAAAUUAUAAAUAUUGUACAUGUGUGUAAUUUUUUCAUGUAUUCAUUUGCAGUCUUUGUAUUUAAAAAACACUGUUAUGUUUGUAUAAUAGAACAGUAAUCAUUUAUUAUAAUCUAGGCAAGUUGUAAAUAAAUUCAUAAUUCAAACAGCCAGUAUAUAUGCAUAUAUGAGUGUUAUAUUGCAAAAUCUUUGUUUUACUUACAUGGUUAAAGCAGCAAGAAUUCUUUUGUUGAUAUGUAAUUAUACACAUAAAAUAUAUAUAUGUAUGAUACAUGAAAUAUAUUUAGAAAUGUUCAUAAUUUUAAUGGAUAUCAUUUGGUGUGAAUAAUUGAAUACAGAGUUUUUAAAAUAUC